CCAGGAAAAGCGACUAAAGAGUCGUGGUAAAUACGCCCCCUAAGUUCUGUAUUUAAAGAUGAGAGUUUACUCCUUAGGAAUGGAGGCUGUAAGAAGCCAGAGAGCUCGGAUUUCUAAGAGAGCAAUAUCACCCAGAAUUGAAUUCAAGCAUUCACCAUGAACCCCUCAACCACUCCCUCAUUUUCUAACACGGCAACCUUUGGCGUCGAGCUGGAGUUUAUAGUUCUUUUUAGAGAGGCCGGAGCGGUUCCCCUGAAGCUCGAGAAUGGCAAGCAUAGCUCACCCACUCAACAGGUGCUAGAGGAGCCAUCUGGCUUGGCUAGAAGAGAUUUCAAUGAUCACGAAGUUCAUAUGGAAAGAAUCCACUACUUCGGGAACGAGAUUGCAAAAAGGCUAGCCAGUACUGGCAUACCGACAGUCUACCGAGAAAAAGGCCACCCCAAAGACGACAAGGCAUUGAACCCAGACGACACAUACUCCCGGCUAGGGGAUUUCGACGAUUUUCGGUAUAGUUCCUACAAGGAAAACAGUAUUGUCCCCGAGGAGACUAUGAUAUGGACCGACCCAGCAGCCAAGGGAAAGAGAAUGGUUGUGAGGCCCCAGACACCGCAAGGCCAUUUCUGGCUCGGCUUCGAAUUCGUUAGUAAAGCAUACCGAUACCAUGAUUUCGACGUCAUGAAGUCAGACUUCGACAGUAUCUGCCGAAUUCUACGCGCGAAUUACUUGGUUAGCGUGAAUGCUGGCAAGGAUUCGGGGUCUGCUUCGAGCCGUUGUGGCACUCAUAUCCAUUGGGGUCUCAGCGGUGUAGAAUACGAUCUGAUAACUAUCAAGAGGAUACUCACCCUCAUGUGGGUUGUAGAGGAGAGACUGAUGGAACUGCACGCGUCCUGGCGACAGCUUGCCAAUAAGUAUGCCGCGCUACUACAGACAGGGACAAACAUGGCAGCAGACAAUACCCCAAAGCUCCCGAGUUGGAUUGAUGACCUUGGUAUGGGGGACUGGGUCCACGAGAUGGAACAGAACGUUCCACCAAGCGUUCGGGAAUCCCUCCACCGGAACAAGCCAAAGGUUCAGUGGAUAUGGCGCGCUGAGACGGUGGAAGAGCUUGCGAUGUUAGUCGGCGAGCCGAAUAAGUCCCGUCGAGCGUCGAUCGGGCUCAUGGAACUACUGCCGGCAACCUCGAACUUCCCGGGAAAAGUUCGCCGAAGCCAGCUAAACACGAUCGAGUUCCGACACAUGCAGGGCUCACUACACCCGACAUUGGUUACUGCUUGGAUCGAGGUCACUGCUGCUAUCAUGCAACCAUGCGUCGACUUGUUGCCGGAUCAAUUUAGAGACUUAUUGAAUGAUAUUGCAAUCUAUCUUUCCAGCGACAACUCGACCGUCCAGGGGUUGCUCAACAAGCUCGGGGUUUCACAUGAAGCCCGUGUCCUGUUUGAAACCCACAACCAGCAGCGCCUAGACGAAGAAGCCGACACUGAGAUAUCGAUAUUCUUGCCGGAGCUAUAAUAUUUGCAUGUAGCUCCUAGUUAUACGAUAACUUAGUAGUAUAGCUAGGUAGAUACUAGGACUUCACAUUGGGAUAUGGGUUGGAUAGGUUAACACGAAGUGACGACUUCCAGAUUGUUCCUCUGCAGUAAAUAUAUCUAUGAUUUGCGAUACCAAUAUACCAUGAUACACCCUAA